GCUGUUGGGAUUGGAGUGGGGAGUCCUGCCGUCGCUCCUGCUCUCCCCCUUCCCUCCCUCCUUCCCUCCGCCUGUCUGCUCUUUGGCGCGCGUUGCCCCCUCCCCUCAUGUCAUGGCUUCCUCGGAUGUGGCCCGGCAGAUGCGCUAUCAACCUGAUAUCAGAAUGAGAGCACCAUCUAAUCCACCAGUAGAUAAUCAAGAUGCAAGAAGACAGAAUUGCCGACCCUUACCCUUAUCUGGUCAUGUUGGUUUUGAUAGUUUACCAGAUCAGUUGGUUAACAAAUCUAUCCAUCAGGGGUUCUGCUUCAACAUUCUCUGUAUUGGAGAGACAGGAAUUGGAAAAUCAACCCUGAUUGACAGUUUGUUUAAUACCAGUUUUGAUGACCGUGUGUCAACACACUUUCAGCCAAAUGUAAGACUGAAAGCUGAGACUUAUGAACUCCAGGAAAGCAAUGUUCGGUUGAAGUUGACAAUUGUAAAUACUGUUGGAUUCGGUGACCAGAUAAACAAAGAUGAUAGCUAUCAGCCAGUAGUGGAUUACAUUGAUGCACAAUUUGAGGCCUACCUCCAGGAAGAGCUGAAAAUUAAACGGUCUUUAUAUAAUUACCAUGACACUCGCAUCCACGUGUGCCUGUACUUUAUUUCACCUACAGGGCAUUCCCUUAAAACUCUUGAUUUAUUAACCAUGAAAAAUCUGGAUAGUAAGGUGAAUAUUAUUCCCAUAAUAGCCAAAGCAGAUACAAUUUCUAAAUCUGAACUACAGAAGUUUAAGAUCAAAAUUAUGAGUGAGUUGGUCAGUAAUGGAGUCCAGAUAUACCAGUUUCCAACAGAUGAUGAGAGCAUUGCUAAAAUUAAUGCCACCAUGAAUGGCCACUUGCCAUUUGCAGUGGUGGGGAGCAUGGAAGAAGUAAAGAUUGGAAACAAAGCAGUAAAAGCUCGCCGGUAUCCUUGGGGCAUUGUGCAAGUGGAAAAUGAGAACCACUGUGACUUUGUGAAGCUCCGGGAAAUGCUGAUUUGUACAAACAUGGAAGAUCUGAGAGAACAGACGCACAUGCGCCACUAUGAGCUGUACCGCCGCUGCAAAUUGGAAGAGAUGGGUUUCCGGGAUACGGAUCCAGAGCACAAACCUGUGAGUCUACAGGAGACGUAUGAAGCUAAGCGACAUGAAUUCCUUGGUGAAUUGCAGCAGAAAGAAGAAGAGAUGAGGCAAAUGUUUGUGCAGAGGGUCAAAGAGAAAGAAGCACUGCUGAAAGAAGCAGAGCGAGAACUACAAGUGAAGUUUGAACACUUGAAACGCCUCCAUCAAGAAGAGAGGAUGAAAGUGGAGGAGAAACGAAAGCUUCUCGAAGAUGAAAUGAUUGCAUUCAGUAAAAGGAAGGCUGCCUCAGACAUACUCCAAGGGAAGGUGCUGCCAACUACACCCAUCGUGGGAUUAAAAAAAGAGAAGGAUCGGAAAAAGGAUCCAGGUUUUCGGCUCGAGCUCCUGUGCUUUGAUGUCAGAGAUCAGGAAGUUGUGAAUAUACAGGAAGAGAGAGAAAAGUUAGAAAGGGACAGAAUGACUCACAGGGAAUACCAGCAGUAGUAUUCGGACAUGGCAAGCAGAUGUUGUGGUUAGAGUAUGUUAGUUUUCAGAGAAGUUCCAGAAAAUAGAUCUUUACGUUCAGUAUGUCUUUCAUUCUUGAAGAGUGUUUCAGAUUCCCAAAACUCAUAAGAGCCUUUGUAGUUUUCUAGUCAUGACAGAAGAUACUACAGAAUUAGAAAUAGCCUACAACGUGUAUUGUCAUAUGGGGUGUGCCCACUGUUGUACUCCAUGUUCUCCUCAAAAUUCUAACUAUUAUAAAAUGUAACAUGUAGUGACUUAAAGUCAAAAACGGUCUUAAAAAUCUGACAAAGUCACGGGGUUUACCGAACCUGUGAGCGGAGUUGCAGGGACAGGCAAAGGGAACGAAGAACAAUGGUGGCCAGGGCAAAAAGUGGGGGAUGCUUUUUUAUAGCUCUCCGUAUCAUAGUGGCAUUUUUAAAGUUUCCCUCCCAAUAGGCAGAACAGUUGCUUUUUCUGCUUUAUGUCCUAACUGGAGCAGAAAGAAUCUUUCUCUGGGGAAUAAUGGGACAGCUGGAAGUCCCAGCUACUAAGCUGUUUCCGAUUCAUCUCCAGAAUGUCUGCUACCCCGCCCCCCCAGGUCUCUCACGCCACCACCAUUGGUGGAGAAGUAGCUGUGCAACACGUUCCCUCCAGCCAUCACCAUCGAGGGUGGGUGAGGUGUAGCAUCGCAUGGUAGAUGGCUAGAGUCGUUAUCUUACAGGCAGGCCCAGAAAAAGGGCAAAUGUCCCUGCAGAUGUAACAUCAACAGAUCUGGGUAUGAUUGGCCCAUGGAUGGGUGUCUAUUUGGGAGCCUCAUAUAUGCUGCCUUAAUAUAAAUAUGCAUCUGUUAAUAUAAAUAAAUAAAAUGGUAUUAAUUAUAAAUGAUAUAAAAUGUUACUCAAAGUAUUCAUUUAUAUAAUAUUUAUUAAAAUACGCUAUCAGUAUAAAUGAAAUACGGCCAGGGGCUAUUCCAGGUACAUCACUGGACUGUGUGCCUAUGUUAGUCACUCAUUAGCAAAGACUCCCUUCCUGGUUAUCUGCAGCAGACUACUCUUUGUGAUAGGCAACUGGGGGACCAGCCAUUUGCAAGUCUGGUUUAAUCAUAACUUCUAAAAAGUUACAUAACUCCCAUUUUCAAUCAUUUCAUUGAUCAGUUUAAUUAAAAACUUUCAGAUCCAAUGGUACUGGGUGUUAUGUGCAAACGGAAGCACAUGUAAUCACAACUUUGUGACCAAUUUCAUGAAGAGACCAGAUUUCCCCUUGUUUCAAUCAUUUCCAUUGUCCUGUUUCAUUACGUUGGUAGGAUUUGAAAUUUCUUUCCAGAGAAAAUAAAAAAUCAGCUUGAUUAUGAAAUGCCAGUCAAUACCUGGCUUUAGACUUAACAAAUCAUCACUGCCAUGAAUGGUACUUAGGCUGCAUUGAUGUGCGAGUAAACCCCCCUAAGGAGACAAGUAUAGGAUCAUGCUGUUAAAGGCAUUGUAAACAAUGCCUAAAAACUAAUAGUUCAAAGCAUGUCCCCCUUUCUGAAAUAAAAAAGAUGCAUAAAACCAUACCAUGUGAAUUACAGCAAAUAGCUUUGUCCAUGUGCGGUAGUUUUGUCCUCCUUAUCACCGUCAAAGAUAGCACAUUAUAUCUCUAAUUUAGAUUUUUGUGUUGCUUAUGGGUUCUGAAACAGGACCCAUAAAUAAAAAGGCAAGUACAAAGUUUUAAUAAUCUGUUAUGUAUUAGUUCUAUCUGUUCCCCUGAGAAAAUAAGAGCUCUUUGAAAAAAACUGUGCAUUGGAAUAUUGACAAAUAGCUGAGAUUAUCAAAUUUUAUUGGGGAAAAAUAGAAUUAAUUGAGAAUGGUAUAUUUUGCACCUUGCUGGAAUGAGAAACUGGUCGCUCUCCUGCAUUCUGCUGUUCUGUUGUGUUUGUGAAAUGGGCUGCUAGUGACACAGGAACUAGCUAUUCCUGGGAUAAGCAUGGCAGCAAGCCCCAUUUUCAGGAUGGGCAGCUCAGCAGAGCAGCCUUAUUUCAGGAACUGCUGCUCCCAGUUGUGUUAGCAGUCUGGUCCAACAGCACAGGGGCAGUGUGCUAAAGUGCACUCGUUUUUUCUCUUUCAAGUUAUCUGCGUUUUGUUUUAAAAGUAAUCUUUUAAAAAAUGAGUAUGACACAUGAUUGAUAACAACCUGAAUACUGUAUUAUUAUCUAUCACAUUCACAAUACUAACCAGCUGUACUUUUAGGAAUAUCAAAUGAAAGACUUAUUCAAAUUUGAGUUGAAGAAUUGGAGGGCAUUGUUUGUUAGACGAUUGUUGAUUUGUGUAGAAAAUGCAAAUGAUACAGGCCUUUCUGCAAUAGAGCACCUUAGGCUUCAGGUUGAGUUUAUCCUCCCUUCACCUGGAAAGCUAGCACAUGACGGAAAAUGCUGAAUGAAACCUUUUUGCCCAAAAUGCUUGUUUGCCUUGUGCAGGGAGCAUUAAACAUAUGAGCCCUUACCUAGAGCAUGAAGCAGUACAGUUUAGGACAGUAUGUGCCAUGUGCUAGUUCUCUAUGUUUGAAUCACUUCAGGACCUUAUCCAUUUGGAACCGAUCAAAUUAGAUGUGGGCUACUUGAAGAUAGGAGCUUUAAUGUUGUAAAACAGUUUUCUUUCUUGUACAGAAACUCAAACUAAAAUAACCUUUUCU